GAGACGAAACGAUAGAUAAGGUAAAGAGAAGAACUUUUUUUUUUUUCACAAAUAAAGAGAAGAACUUAUUCACUCACUCUUCUUCUUCAACCUCUCUCACAAAAGAACCCUAAUUUCAAAAUCCCCACAGAGAGUUCUCUGUUAGGUUUAUUGUCGUAGCAAUGGCGAUGGCAACAUCGAUGAGUGUGAAUCUGAUUGGUGCUUUUAAAGGCUUGUCACUCUCUUCAACCUCGUCGUUCCUCAGAGGCGAUUUGAAUUUAUGCCCUAAAACAACCUUCACUGUGACUCUCCCAAUGCAAAACCUCCAAGCUCCGAUUCCAUUGACGAUUGAGUCUGCGCAUAAGAAAGGAGCUGGUAGUACUAAGAACGGUCGUGAUUCUCCUGGUCAAAGACUUGGUGUCAAGAUCUAUGGUGACCAAGUCGCUAAACCUGGCGCCAUCAUUGUUCGUCAACGUGGCACUAAGUUCCAUGCUGGGAAAAACGUUGGGAUUGGUAAAGAUCAUACCAUCUUCUCUUUAAUCGAUGGAUUAGUGAAGUUUGAGAAGUUUGGUCCUGACAGGAAGAAGAUAAGUGUGUACCCUCGAGAAAUUGUGCCAGAGAAUCCCAACAGCUACAGAGCACGAAAGAGGGAGAACUUUAGGUUGCAGAGGGAGAAGAAGAAGGCAAGACGUGAGAACUACACUUACACUAUUCCUACUCCUCAACUUGUCCUUGCAUCUGCAGCUAUCGAGGAUGCUGAAGCCAACCCCGAGUGCUAGUAAACGGAUGUGAAGUUUUCCUUUUGUCUCUUUUUGUUUAGUCUUGGUUCGUGAAAAUAUUCCUUUUGCUAAUUCACAAGAAGCUUGAGUUUCAAGAGUCAUUUGUAUGUGUCUAAUCUACCUCUCUUUUGUCAAGUUUAGUCCAAGCCUCUGCGGAUUUACCCAACCGAGUCACGAGUGUAUUCAAAUGGGUUAUUAUU